AUGCGCUUUGUGAAAUCACUCCUCCUGGCAUGCACAGCUGCUGUUAUGGUGGCGCACGCAAGUGCCGAAGGUGUCGCGGGGAUUGUUUCCACUGCAAUUUUCUUCGGUGAGGACACGUCCGAUCCUGACGCAAGAGGUGCUGAGGUCUUCCGAGACCCCAGGAACCAUCCAGUCGCUGUGGCCUCCGUUAUCGCUUUCAGUGCCUAUCAAACCGGAUUCCUGCCCCAGGAGAGGGGUGUGAUUACGGACGAGAGCGUUUAUGCCAACUUUAUGAAGAAGAUUGCCACCUUCCCCGGACUCCUGCUCAGGUCCACUAAACAGGGAUCCAUGGCCUUGAACGGAAGCUCCGACCAGUUGAAGGAGCAGAUUAUCCAAUCGAUUGAGAGUGAGGUUGCCAAUCGCAAUGUCGUUGCUGACUCGAUCGUGGAUGCGUUGCCGCUCUCAUUGGAGGACAAGGCUAAGCAGGAUUGGACUGUCAGUGCUCUUGUACUCCAGAAGGAUGAGGAAGGUGUCAAAGUCGAUCUUAUUGCGAUUACGUUGAAUCUCCAUAACAACAAAACUGGCCAGGCAGAGAUCACUCCUGGAAAGGCGUCCGUCCAUCAGGAUUCAUUCAUUGCCAAUGCUGCCUUCUUGUCCAUUAAUGCGGAUGCUCUAGGCUCAAGGAUCGAGACGGUGCAGGUCCAGGCAAUGCUCGAUCUGCUCACCACACCGCACAAGAAAGAUGACGGCGAGCUGCAGAUGUGGCUCGAUAACAAGGGUCAAUCGUCCUGCGCUACCGGUUCGCAAUCCGAACCCGAGGACCGCCGCCGCCACCGAAACCUGUACUCCUUUGCGCAAUGGAGAAUGAACAUGUAG